AAGGCGUCGUCAACACUGACGACGAAGGCGACGCGAACCGCGCGUUUAGCGAGCCUGAUUCGGAGCCGGACGACAUGGGUGUCCAAGACCAGGACGUCGACAGGAUGGAUGCUGAUGACAACAAUCAGGACGACCACGUUUUCGUGCACCGAGGCCAAGGGCGCGGACGUGGGCGCGGCAGAGGCCGUGGACGAGGUCGUGGACGAGGCCGUGGCCGGCCCAGGAUGCAGUUCGUUGUUGAAGAACAACAAGAACGUCCACAGCAGCAACCGGCUGGACGUCAUCCUGGACAACACAGAGAACAGCUCCAAGCAGGACGGAGGAGGCGCCAGGAGCAGCCUAACGUUGACGGGGACCAGCAGCUCCACGACGAGGACACCGAUGUCGACCAAGGGCAGGAAGCUGAACAGUGGCUAAACAAUCGCCUUUUCAGAAAGCUGUUCGAGGCCAUCACAAGGCCGGCGCCGAAGGCCAAGAAGUACAACGAAGUACCCAAGUACAACGGCGAGAUGGACUAUUCCGUGUACCAAGUCCAGUUCAACACGUUGGCGGAGGCCAAUGACUGGGAUGACAAUGAUAAAAAGAUUGCACUGCUGCAAGCAUUGACGGGGAAUGCAACGGAAGUAAUUGCAAACCUGCAACAUCAGGAAACCCCAAUAACUUUUGAUAGUCUGGACCACGCACUGGUCAAAACAUUCAGCAAGACUGCAUCCAUGUGGGAGAGAAAGUAGGAUUUCGAAACUCUCCCUCAAGAAAAAGACCAGACGGUCGGGCAGCUUGCCAGGCAGGUAGAGAUGCUAGGU